AAAAGAUAUUUGGAAAAAAAAAUUCUUAUCCAAAGAGGUAACAGGAGGAGAGUGAUAGAGAGAGAGACGCGAAGCUCUGAAAACAAAAAUGGCGAUAACACCUCUACGAAUCACGAACCCAUUCCCAUCUCUCCGCUUACUUCCCGCCGGAAAGCCCAAUGCUUUAAGACUCUUCACCGUCCGCGCCGCCGACGUUGAGUCCACGGAAGAGACUCAAUCCGACCCGGAAACAACUCAAUCCGAUUCCGGCACCGAUCCUGAUGAAUUCGAGUCUCGUCUCUCAAACAUCAGACUCAGAUAUCGAAGCGGAACGGGGAAGAAAGCAGAGGUGAGAAAAUCGAAGAAAGGGACAUCAACUGGGUCUCCGUCGAAAGGCUCGGGGAUGUACUUGCCGCCGGUGAGCUUAAAAGAGCCUGUUUCAGGCGGUUUGAAAGUGGAACUAGGGUUUAGCCCAUACAGUGAGAGGAUCAAUGGGAGGAUUGCAGGAUUAGGACUCAUGGCAUUGCUUCUUGUUGAGCUUGCGACGGGUAAGAGUGUAUUGAAUUAUCACACACCUUCUGUGGUGUUUCUUCAGAUCUACUUCGUUGCUGCUGUUUCUGCUAUGUUUGUCAAGAUUGAGAAGGAGAAGGUUAGCGUUUGGCCCAAGGAUUAAGGAACAACACACAUGAUGAGAUGUGUGUUUGAGUGUUGCUUCUUUUGUUUAUUGAAAAUGUGUAUGCUUUUUUUAAGUAUUGUAUGUAUUUUGCUAUACUCACAGAAUUUCAAGAUUAUGGAUAUAAAGAUUUGACAAGUAAAGGAUCUCACUUUGGAGCGAUUGUUGUUGUUUGUUGUUAAGUAAUAUCAAAUUCUUGGAUCGUCA